GCCGCGAACCCAAGAUGGCGGUGUGUGGACGUGUACGGGGGAUGUUCCGCUUGUCGGCGGCGUUGCCGCUGCUGCUGCUCGCGGCGGCAGGGGCCCAGAACGGCCUCGGUCAGGGCCAGGGUCCGGGGGCCAACUUUGGGCCUUUCCAGGGCCAAGGUGGAGGCGGCAGCCCGGCCGGGCAGCAGCAGCCUCAGUUAUCGCAGCAGCAGCAGCAGCAGCCGCCGCCUCAGCAGCAGCAGCAGCCCCAGCAGCAGCAGCAGCCCCAGCAGCAGUCUCUUUUCCUGGCGGGCGGGCUCCCGGCCCGGCGGGGCGGAGCGGGGCCCGGUGGGACUGGCGGAGGCUGGAAGCUGGCGGAGGAAGAGUCCUGCCGGGAGGACGUGACCCGUGUGUGCCCCAAACACACCUGGAGCAACAACCUGGCGGUGCUCGAGUGCCUGCAGGACGUGAGGGAGCCCGAGAACGAGAUUUCUUCAGACUGCAAUCAUUUGCUGUGGAAUUACAAGCUGAACCUGACUACGGAUCCCAAAUUUGAAUCUGUGGCCAGGGAGGUUUGCAAGUCAACUAUUUCCGAGAUUAAAGAAUGUGCAGAAGAACCAGUUGGAAAAGGUUACAUGGUUUCCUGCUUGGUGGAUCACCGCGGCAACAUCACUGAGUAUCAGUGUCAUCAAUACAUUACCAAAAUGACAGCCAUCAUUUUCAGUGAUUACCGCCUGAUCUGCGGCUUCAUGGAUGACUGCAAAAACGAUAUCAACCUCUUGAAAUGCGGCAGCAUUCGUCUUGGGGAAAAGGAUGCACAUUCACAAGGUGAGGUGGUGUCGUGUUUGGAAAAAGGCCUGGUGAAAGAGGCAGAAGAAAAAGAGCCCAAGACUCAAGUCUCAGAUCGCUGCAGGAAAGCCAUCCUGAGGGUGGCGGAGCUGUCGUCGGAUGACUUCCAUCUGGACCGGCACUUGUAUUUUGCUUGCCGAGAUGACCGGGAGCGCUUUUGUGAGAACACACAAGCUGGUGAAGGAAGAGUGUAUAAAUGCCUUUUUAACCAUAAAUUUGAAGAAUCCAUGAGUGAAAAGUGUAGAGAAGCACUAACUACACGCCAAAAGCUCAUUGCCCAGGAUUAUAAAGUCAGUUAUUCAUUGGCCAAAUCCUGUAAGAGUGACUUGAAAAAAUACCGGUGCAAUGUGGAAAACCUUCCUCGGUCCCGGGAAGCCAGGCUCUCCUACCUUCUGAUGUGCCUGGAGUCAGCAGUGCACAGAGGGCGGCAGGUAAGCAGUGAGUGCCAAGGUGAGAUGCUGGAUUACCGACGCAUGCUGAUGGAAGACUUCUCUCUGAGCCCCGAGAUCAUCCUGAGCUGUCGAGGGGAGAUUGAACACCACUGUUCUGGAUUACAUCGGAAAGGGCGAACCCUCCACUGUCUGAUGAAAGUAGUUCGGGGUGAGAAGGGGAACCUUGGAAUGAACUGCCAGCAGGCGCUUCAGACACUGAUUCAGGAGACGGACCCCGGUGCAGACUACCGCAUUGAUCGAGCUUUGAAUGAAGCUUGUGAGUCUGUAAUACAGACAGCCUGCAAGCACAUACGAUCCGGAGACCCAAUGAUUCUUUCAUGUCUGAUGGAGCAUUUAUACACAGAGAAGAUGGUGGAAGACUGUGAACACCGUCUCUUAGAGCUACAGUAUUUUAUCUCUCGGGAUUGGAAGUUGGACCCUGUUUUAUACCGAAAAUGCCAGGGAGAUGCUUCCCGCCUUUGCCAUACCCAUGGCUGGAAUGAGACCAGUGAACUUAUGCCUCCUGGAGCUGUGUUUUCUUGCCUAUACAGACAUGCCUACCGCACAGAAGAGCAAGGAAGGAGGCUCUCACGAGAAUGUCGAGCUGAAGUCCAGAGGAUCCUGCACCAGCGAGCCAUGGAUGUUAAGCUGGAUCCUGCCCUCCAGGACAAGUGCCUCAUAGACCUAGGGAAGUGGUGCAGUGAGAAGACGGAGACCGGGCAGGAGCUUGAGUGCCUUCAGGACCAUCUGGAUGACUUAGCUGUGGAAUGCAGAGACAUCGUGGGCAACCUCACCGAGUUGGAGUCCGAGGAUAUACAAAUAGAAGCUUUGCUGAUGAGAGCCUGUGAGCCUAUAAUUCAGAACUUUUGCCAUGAUGUGGCAGACAACCAGAUCGACUCUGGGGACCUGAUGGAGUGUCUGAUCCAGAACAAGCACCAGAAGGACAUGAACGAGAAGUGUGCCAUUGGUGUCACUCACUUCCAGCUGGUACAGAUGAAGGAUUUUCGAUUCUCUUACAAGUUCAAAAUGGCCUGCAAAGAGGAUGUGUUAAAGCUUUGCCCCAACAUAAAGAAGAAGGUGGACGUCGUGAUCUGCCUGAGCACCACCGUGCGCAACGACACUCUGCAGGAAGCCAAGGAGCACCGGGUGUCACUCAAGUGCCGCAGGCAGCUCCGUGUGGAAGAGCUGGAGAUGACAGAGGACAUCCGUUUGGAACCAGAUCUGUACGAAGCCUGCAAGAGUGACAUCAAGAACUACUGUUCUACAGUGCAAUAUGGAAAUGCUCAGAUUAUUGAAUGUCUAAAAGAAAACAAGAAGCAGCUGAGUACCCGUUGCCACCAGAAAGUAUUUAAGCUGCAGGAGACGGAGAUGAUGGACCCAGAGCUAGACUAUACUCUGAUGCGAGUCUGCAAGCAGAUGAUUAAGCGGUUCUGUCCAGAAGCAGAUUCUAAAACUAUGUUGCAGUGUUUAAAACAAAAUAAGAACAGUGAAUUGAUGGAUCCCAAAUGCAAACAGAUGAUAACCAAGCGUCAGAUCACCCAGAACACAGAUUACCGCUUAAACCCUGUGCUGAGGAAGGCCUGUAAAGCUGACAUUCCUAAGUUCUGUCACGGUAUCCUGACUAAGGCCAAGGAUGAUUCAGAGCUAGAAGGCCAAGUUAUCUCAUGCCUCAAGCUGAGAUAUGCUGACCAGCGCCUGUCUUCAGACUGUGAGGACCAGAUCCGCAUCAUCAUCCAGGAGUCUGCGCUGGAUUACCGCCUGGACCCUCAGCUCCAGCUGCACUGCUCAGAUGAGAUUGCCAAUCUAUGUGCUGAAGAAGCAGCAGCCCAGGAGCAAACAGGCCAAGUAGAAGAGUGCCUGAAGGUCAACCUGCUCAAGAUCAAGACAGAGCUGUGUAAAAAGGAAGUGUUAAACAUGUUGAAGGAAAGCAAAGCAGACAUCUUUGUGGACCCAGUUCUUCACACAGCAUGUGCCUUGGACAUUAAACACCACUGUGCAGCCAUCACCCCUGGCCGUGGGCGUCAGAUGUCCUGCCUGAUGGAGGCCCUGGAAGAUAAGCGAGUGAGGUUGCAGCCAGAGUGCAAAAAGCGCCUCAAUGACCGGAUUGAAAUGUGGAGUUACGCAGCCAAGGUGGCUCCAGCAGAUGGCUUCUCUGAUCUUGCCAUGCAAGUGAUGACGUCACCCUCAAAGAACUACAUCCUGUCUGUGAUCAGCGGGAGCAUCUGCAUACUGUUCCUGAUUGGCCUGAUGUGUGGACGGAUCACCAAGAGAGUGACGCGAGAGCUGAAAGACAGGUAGAGCCGCAGGCCUGACCACCAAGGAGCCACCGCCCAGGCCCGCCUGUACAGCCGUCCUGUAUAGUGUACCCUCUCACUGCGCCCUCUAACGGUGGCACCGACACCCACAGUAGAGCAGCCUCAGGUGCCCACUGCAUCUUCCCAUCCAGACUUGGCCAUGUCCUCGGUGUCCUCCUCCUCCUCCCAGCUGCCUUUGCAGCGUCGGCAGCUGGCUGCUUUGGUGGUAGCUUCUGUUGGCGAAGGUUUACCUGCCUGUAGACAAUUCAGUCAUACCUACAGAACUGCUGGUACUUCCAGAACCGACUCACCUGACCUGCAACUCAAAGUUUUUUAAAAAAAACA